AAAACACAAGAAAAGGACCAGAGGAAACUUGAGACUAGUGAGCGAGUACCGUCCGGCGGUGGUCUUCAUUUCCGACGGCGGCGAUGGAUUUGGAGUUCAGGUCGUGCGUGGACGACGCGUGGUACCACGUCCGAAUAGAGACGGACGGUGACGGCGGGGAUCGACUGAGAAUCAAGUUCGUCGGCUUCUCCGACGAUCACGACGAGGUUUAUGACACCGAGGAGUUGACGUCGUUUAGAGACGUGGAGGAGUUUAGGUCGAGGUUCAGGCGUAUGUCGAUUCAGGUUCAAGACUGGGAGUGCAGAAAGGUGGUGAAGGGGACGGUCGUGUGUGCCGCCAUUUCAAUUGACCCCGACGACUGCCGCUUCUACGACGCCGUUGUUGAUCGGGUGGUACAUAAGGAACAUCGGCUCGUAAAAGGAAAAGAAGAAUGCUCAUGCAACUUCAUUCUAUUUUGGAGACAUGGUCCAAAAGCUCGAUCAUUAACUGCUCAAACUCUUGAAAACAUUUGCAGAGUGCAACCUCCUGUGGACAAAUUAGAUCCGCUGCUGACCACUUUUCUUGACACAGCAACGGAAAAAAUAGAAACCAUUCUUUCCAGUAUUUUCAAAGUUCCUCAUGAAGCUUCUCAUCACAGAGAACCUUGUACACCCAACUGCAGGGAAGAGCUAAGCUUUUCUAAACGUCUAAACAAGGAUACAAGCCUUUCCAGGCGAUCUUUAAGUAAAGAAAUGAUUGACAAUCCUUUGGAAAAGGAUGAACAUGACAUGGACAUAGGAGGUGUUCCUUAUAUGUUACUGGUUGAGAACCUUGAGAAGGGGAUAUCACCAUUUACAAUUAUGGAAUUCAUACACCAGCAAGCUACAAUCUCAUGUCAAGCAUCUGUUUGGCCAAGUAAGUCAUCAGAGGCAUAUACAAGAGGAACCAUCAUAGUUGACAGCAAAAGAAAUCUGGAAAAGAUAUCUGACUUUUUAGAGAAUCCAGAUCACGUUAUCAUUUCCUCAAAAGGAAGGCCGUGGGUAAUGACUGAGAAAUCCGCAUUACAUGAGACACCAGGGGCAUCGAUACAAAGCUUCAUGCUCAUGUCUCAGACAAUAUUACAGAAUAGAAGCCCUACAACGAACAAUGGAUUGAAGGUUGUCAUUUCUGGAACUAAAGAGUAUGAGACAGCUAAGUUGCUGAAGGAUUUGUUUUUGGCAUUUGUAAAGCAUCAAAGUCGACUUCACAGGAGGUUACUUAUAGUAGAGGGAAAGAUCUCGCAUUUGAUGCUCUGAAGAGGUGAACGCUUAAAGCUUAGUUUCUUCUACAUGUUAGCGUAGGAUCAUACAAAGAUAUCAUCUCUGAUGAAGGGUAUGAAAAUGAUAAAUGAUAUUGUCUGUGUGGACUCCACGAAAAGCCAACUGCAAGUCUGUAACAACUAAAUGAGACUUCUGAUUGUAGACUGAGCCGGGAUACCGUUGGAUAUUUUGUCUGUGUAUUCAAAUCUAAGGGUACGUGUAGGUAUAUGUUUAUAUCCAAAUAUCGCUGGAGAGUCAACUGUGAAACAGAGUUAUCAGGCUAGGAAGAUAUACUGCCUUGGACCCGAGUAGAAAACAAUCUUGUGUUUGUUGUAACUAGUUGUGUGUAUCCAAUGUUCCAAUCCAUCUCUCUGCGGAUUAUAGUUGGUUGUAUUUUCUGCAACUAAUUCUGUAUCCAUUUGCAAAAUUAUGAUCAAUUGUGAAAUGUGAGUG